AUGGACCAAUAUUACCAUCAAAGGACGCCAUCAUCUUUUAGUAUAGAUUCCAUCAUUAAUAAUCUUGUGUCUAAAACUGAUAAUGUUGAUCAUUUGGAUCCGAAUGAAUUUUUCAAUCAACAAAAAGAGAUUGAAGGUAUAUUAUCUACUGCAUUCGAUGAUAUAACUGAUAUACGACAUACAAGCAAUUUUGACGAAAAUGAUACAUUUGUUGAUUGUAAUCAAAAGGACAACCGAAACAGUUUUGAUAAAAAACAAUCAUCAAAAUGUAACGAUCAAUCAAAUGUUCAUGUAAAUACAUCAACUCCUUUGAUUACUCGAAAUCAACAAACAAUGACCAAUGGUAUUUUGAAUAGACAUAAUUUUAGAAAUAAUUUCAACGAUAUUGUCGAAGAAGAAGAAUGCACAAUUCAAGAUGUAGAAAGUCUUGAUAAUGAUGAUGUCGACGGUAGCCAUAGUGAUAACUUAUCACUUUCGACUGAUCAUCAUUUCAACAAUAACCAUGUAGAUGAAGAAUAUAUUUUACGGCAAUCACCCACCUCAUUGCACAAUAAUUACGAUCCAUUUCUAAAUGAUGUUCACAUCAAAGAUCUUUGUAUGUUAAAGCAAGAAUUUGCUCAAAUAAAUACAAAUUAUCGAUUAUUACAGAGUAAAUAUCAAAAGAUUCACCAACUCAACGAAGAAAAUGCCAACUUAAUUGAUUCACAACGUGCGAAAAUUCAAAAACUGGAAAAACAAUUGAAAGAAGAACGCGAUGGACAUGAAAGUCAACGACGACUUGCUUCAAUGUUUGAAUCAAAAGUUAGUUCGCUUGAAUAUCAAUUGAACGAGUUGCAAAAAGGUGACCAUCGAAAUUUGAAUAGUGAUGAACAAAUGAAAUGGUUUGAGACGCUCAAACUAAAACAUCAUAAAGAGCUAAUGAAUCUUCGUACUGAUUAUGACGCUAAAAUCGAAAAAUUAAACCAAACAAUACAAGCCAAAGACGAUGAACUGAUAUCCAACUGUAAUAUUCUUCUUAAAUAUAAGCAAGAAGCUAAUUAUUUUCAAGAAAAACUAAAAAAAUUAGAAACCCAAUUCAAAUCAAAGUUGCAACAAGAAAUUCAAAGUGCCAAAGACCGUACCGAAUCGAACAUGUUGAGAUCGUUCGAUGAAUCUAUGCGUAAACUGAAAAGUGAAUGGGAACAAAAAUUACAAGAAGAUAUUGACAAAAUUGUCGAUUGGUUUGAAAACAAAGACAAUGUAGAAAAAGAUUUAAUCGAAUCUUCAGUGCCGAAAUUUGAUAUUCGAUUUGAAAAAUUGAUUGAUUUAUAUCGCUCAUUGAAAUCGUUCUCAAUCAAUCGUGAACAACAAAUUCAAACGCAGAUUGAUCGCAUGGAUGAUGCCAAGCGACAAUUGGAAAAGGCCAUCAUCGAAGCCCGCUUGCGUAAUUCGAGUGUUUCAAGUACAUCAAGCCGAAGUGAUUUAAUCGAAAUGGAAAAUAAUGGACACUUGGUAAACAUCCCGGUACACUCAAUAUCAUCACCAUCUUUAUCUACAAAUAACAAAAAGAAAUCAUUACAUUCGUUGCUAGAUUCUAACGAAUUCAUAGAAAAUGACAAAAUAAUGACAAAAUCACGAAUAAAUUAUGAAAAAGAAAUAAAAGAUAUUCGUGAUCGAUUCGAAUCAGAACUUGAUCUACUUAAAAUACAAUUACUUACUAAAGAAGAAGAGACCGCUCAGUAUAGAUUGAAAACUAACAAAUAUCGACAACACAUUCAUUCAUUAAAAGAUCGCCAUGAUCAAGAUUUAAAUUUUUUAAAAAAUAAGUUUGCCAAAAUUAUUCAAGAAUUAAUGGACGACAAAAAACAGAGUCAAAAUAAUUUUAAUCAUCCUCAUUAUCAUCAUCAUCAUCAUCAUAAUCAUUCAUCACAUGAGGACCCAACAGAAAAAUCAAUUAGAAAAUCAAAUUCAAAUGGACAUGGAUCUUUGGAUUUUGAUCUGAUAUGAUUUGCAUCAUCGAAUAAAAUUUAUUUUUAUACAUUUUAUUCAUGUUUAAAAAUUGUAUCC